AUGUUCAAUGUCGACAAGGGGCUGGAGGAUGUGACGUUGUCCGACUGGGAGAAGUCGAGCACGAUCUCCGCACACACCAGGAACUACAUCGACGAAAACUGGAGGGCGAUUGAGCAGUUCGUGGGCCAUUUCACUAGCCGUUUCGAUACACAGCCAGGACCAGUUCCGGCUGAACUCAGUGGAUUGCCUGUCACGCAGACGAGUACUUCUUCAAAGAAUCCCCCCAGCGCCUAUAAAGACACCUGCCAGAGGACUGCGGUUGUGGGCCUCGGAGGGAUAGGCAAGACACAGGUCGCCAUCGAAGCCGCCUACCGUGUUCGCGAUGCGCACUCAGACUGCUCUGUGUUCUGGGUACCCGCUGUGGACACGGUCAUGUUCGAGAAUGCGUAUCGCGAGAUCGGCCAGACCCUUAAGAUUCAAGGCAUCGACGGCGACCAGGCAGACGUCAAAAGCUUAGUCAAGGCUGCCUUAGAACGGGACGACGUUGACAGCUGGCUUCUUAUCGUCGACAACGCCGACGAUAUGGACUUACGAAGUUUAGUCGAGGUCAUCCUAUGCGUCUACGGGAAAUGA